AUGCCGUUGGAGAAGACCGAAGCAGACGACGGCUGGACUCAUGUCAAGCCCAAGUCCCGCCGUCGUUCUGGAAAGAAACCACCAAAAGCGGUACACACAGUCAAAGAAAAUCAAAUUCAUGCCGUACAGACGGAGAAUACUCGAUCUCCUGAAGAAAUUGCCGCGGAAUAUCAGCGCAUACGCUCUGAAUUUGAGGUCACGAAGGCAGGCGAGGAGCUUCAUGAACUGAUGACCAAGAAUGGUCCUGAAGCUGUUUCUCAAGCCGUGUGCCUUGGUAUUGGAACUUUCGACCCGCCAGAUGGAGGCUGGGAAACGAAGAGACGCACUUUUAUCCAGCUCAUUGGAUUUCUCCUCAUGGUUGAGGCCUUGGGUAGGGAACUAUCCCUUUCCAUCGAUAUACGGUACUUUUACAUACUAACUUUGAGAAAUGCAGAGAAGAGGGAUAAAACUAAAGUAAAAUGCUACUUCCAAGACCCCGUGUUUGGAGAGGCCGAUAAAGCUUUCAUUGUCUCUCUUGGGCACGAGGUGGUCAAUUCCCCAGAGGGUUUCGAGAAGGUGGACGGCAACACGGUUCUCUCGGGAGUGCACCUGUACCGCCCCAUCUACGCAAAAGCUCUCGAGAAGUGUCUCCCUGCUGUAUUUAUAGGCACAGAUCUCGAUGUGUGGGAUACAGUUACACUGGGGACGAUGGAUGACUUGGCAAUGGCGAAGACCAUGGAGGAGACCUACUCAAAGAAGAAACACCCUCAAGAUCCGAUGAGCACCGCAUUUACCAAUACUACCAUUUACUGGCGGCCUCGACUUGCUAUAGCUGCACCAUCCACCCCUGAAAAGGAGCCAAGGGAGUCGCAAACUCCAACCGAGACAACAAGCGAGAAUGACAAAUCUUAA